AUGGUUGCUCGUUCACAACCAUCACUUCGACGGUCAAGUCGGCGUGGUGACCAGGCACCCAGUGCAGCUCCUGUGACAGACACUCAGCCCCCGAGCACAGUCACGCUCUCGCACCGCACCAAACGCAGUAGACUAUCUUCGCUCUCUGAGGCGGAGAGUCUGAGAAAGAAACAGAAGACGGAACACUUCGGAUAUCCGUCAGAAUACAAAUUUCCAUUGCGCAAUAGACCGUACAACGAGCCAUCACGAUCCCUACCCCUCAAAAAUGGUACGAAGCCUGUAUCGUCAGGUCAUGAAAGAGAGACUUCUGCAUUGUGCAUAGCUGAGCAGAAGCAUCCAGAGCAGCAACAUACGUCUCAAUCCAACGAUAAACGAACACUUAGGUCGCAAGAUGGAGGGUCCAGGUCUAAAAGUGAACUAUCUUUGUAUUUCACGAAUUAUGAUCAAAUGCUCAGCCUGGAACAUGCAGAACCAGACCUUCUCGCGGCAGGAACACACAUAACUCUGAUCAAUGAUCUCUCAAUACCCUCGGAGGAGAGUUCAUCACCUUUAGCUUCUACUAUCUUAAAAACUGAAGAUCCCGAUCCCUUUGGUUCACAAAAACCGCUUCACAAUGCUCAACGGGUUGAGCUCAACUCCGCCCUUCCGACACAUUCUCCUCGCCGGCUCAUCAAAGACACUCUUUCUGAGGACAUUUUUUAUAGGGCACACCGCAAGGCCGAACGCCAUGAAAAACAGCUUCGUAACAUUGAGAAGGAGCGUGCUCAACAUGAAAAAGUCCAGCUUGAUCGUCUACUUGAGGAGCUUAGAGGGCCGGACUGGCUGAAAGUGAUGGGGAUAUCUGGUGUUACAGAGAGCGAGAAGAAGCUUUAUGAGCCGAAAAGGGUCUUCUUCAUCAGGGAGGUGGCCGGUUUGAUUGAGAAGUUUCGCCAUUGGAAGGAGGAGGAGAAGAGGAGAAAGAUCGAGCGCGAGCAGGCUCUCCUUGCUGAAGAGGAGGAGGAGGAUGAACAUUUUGGAAGCCAGGAUGACAAAGAUGGACCUAACGGCUCUGGACACCAGCCAUCUUCACCUACCUUACCAGCCCCUCCAGACACAAACGACGUCGACGCCGCGGCAGCCCGCCAACUACACCAAGAAGCCAAAUCUGCAUCUUCCUCAUCAAGCACGAAACCUCGAAUGAAUAAACCACCCAACGGAAGCUCAAACCCCUACCCGUCUCAUCCGGGCCUUCCAACACACCUCGAGCAAAGCAGUUCCGCUUCCCUAACCGCAAAAACUCAUAGGCGUAACAUGGCCGUCACAGGGCACAGACACGGCCGUGGUACCACUGCCUUUGGCGAGCCGGUACCGGAUCUGCAGGAGCGAGAGUUCAAGUUGCCCGCCACUAUUCUGACGAAGGAUAUGCUAAGUUGGCGCGCAUAUGACCGAAUGAUCACCAGCUUUGACGAGGCCAUCUGGUGGGCGGAUUUCAGAGUAUCCUUCAUUCAAGCCUGCCUGGCCUUCACCUCUCUAGCGUACCUUCAGAAAAUCCCUCGGACCCAUGAGGGUCUACGCGAAUUCAUCAAGAUUGGCUACCUGACAGGCACGUCCGCUCCUUCUCUUCCUCCAUCUGCUGCUGCGGCAGCGGCGGAAACUCCUCCCAUCCACGAAAUAUCUUCCACUCUACGCACACAAGCCGAAGAUGGGAUGGGAUGGGAUAUAUACCCUACCAUCCUCCACCGCCAGACAUAG